AUGGAGAGCUCGGGAAUGGGCGAUCUACUUGGUCCACCGCCGGAUGCGUCCCAGACUUCAACCCUCGAAUCCCCAACACAGCCGGAGCCUGUAUCCGAGCAGUCACACACUCUUUCUCGCUCCUCAUCACUCUCGCAGAAUAAACGAUCGUCACUUCCACCUCGUGCUCACAAUACAGCGCGACAUGCCAAACGCCUGACCUUAAACCUCCCCAUCCAUUUCCCUUUGAAUCAUUCCCCAGCUGCAACCCCGGAUAGCGCUGUUGCGUCGCCCCGUCAAACCCUGGGCUCCCUGCUCUCCCCCACCGGGACCCCCAUCCCGUUUGAUGUCGAAGACGAUGGCUACGAUUUUUUGCGGGCCAUCGCUUCUCAGGAACGCAAGGUGAUGGAGCUCCGCGAAGAGCUACAGCGGGCGGAAGCAGAUUUGUCAACCAUCAAGAAACAAUGGGCGUUGUCGGAGAAGUCGAGGAAACGCACUGAGAUAAGCCAUCACGCUGAGCCGAUGUUACCACUUCGAUCUCCCGAUCUGAGUGGGGUAGAGGCCUCGAGUAUGAGCUCGCACCGCCGGGAACAAAGCAUGAGUUCUGUCGGUAGCUCGGCCAUAUCUCAAGAGCGAAUCAGUCGGGAACUGGAUCGGCGGAUGAGUAUUCGUGCUGCCCCUACAGCUCCUGCAGGCACAACCAUUUCCUCCAAUGGUCGACGUGUCUUCCAGGGCUCACACACACGCACGUUGUCUCUUCUCUCUCCCGUCACCCUUACCUCUGGCCUGAGCCCCGGUCUGCCUGAUCCUGAACGUAUUGGUCGGACACCGCGUUCAGCUACUCUUCCAUCGGUCGAACGCACGACUACUGGUCCGAGCAUGGUAGCACCGAUCGACGAGAGUCAAGUACCGGAACAUCUGCUUGCCCAGUGGCGUAAAACCCUGCCUCCGCCAUCUCGAGAGGCGCUUAUGCGAACUGGUAAGCAGAUGGCUUCGGAUCUGCGUGAAGGUCUGUGGACAUUCUUGGAAGACAUCCGACAAGCCACCGUGGGCGAAGAAGGUAUCAACGGAACCGAAUCACGAACGAUUUCAUCACCGAACUCACUAGCACCACCCAAUUCGCGGAAACGCGAUUCGCUCGCCAAAUCAAGGAGCCGAGAGCGGCUAUCAGUUGCGGGGGACAAAUCAAGAUCUUCAUCAUCUUCGUCGCGGGGUAGGGGGCCAGCGGCCGAGCCAAGAUCCGGUAAAGACUCCAAGCCGGCGGACAUCGCCUCUUCCGCAGAAGUCUCCCGGCGCUCGUCGCAGCCCCUCCGAAAAAGUCGACGACACGACCCCGCGGGGGAGAAGGAAUCCGAGCGGCUCGGUCGCCGCUCCGGCAGUCCCGUGGAGGAUGAUACCGCCGAUAAUUGGGAUGUCUGGGAUACUCCGUUGUCCGGAAAUAAAACACACACACCCUCGUCUAGUCGGUCGACUGUCGAGUCGAAGCUAGACCAGUCACCCACGACGCAGGGUAGUAGUCCACGAACCAGUGCUAGCUUUGGCGAGUGGAAUCCUACUUCCGCCCCUCCUGAUCCCAGCGUAACCGAAGGCAUCCCCUGGCCUGCUAUCACCAAGCUGGCACCCUCCAAACUCCAGCGUACUGCUUCCAAUCUUAUGGCUGAGUGGGAGCGCAGCCUUUCGCCUUCUCCGGAGCGAAAGGACUCGUCCGGCAAAAGCAGCAAGAAGGACUAA